AUGCCUUCUCCGGCGCUCGGAAUACAUGGCCCGUUGCUCGGCGUUGUCUACGGCGUAGUAUUGUUUCUCCGUAACGCAGUGGUACUCACGUCAUCGUCAUUCAUUCUCAUCGGUUUCAUCAUCAUUGGAUACCGUCUGCUUCUUCACCCUUUGGCUCGUGUACCUGGGCCCAGGCUUGCUGCCAUUUCGAAUGUGUGGCACGCCUACCAUGUUCGCAAUGGACGUAUGCUUGCGCUGGGCAAGACGCUUCAUAAGCGGUACGGGCCGGUUGUGAGAGUUGGGCCGAAUGAGGUGUGGUUUGACUCUGUAGAUGCGUUCAAGCACAUCUAUCGAGCCGGCAGCGGCUAUGAAAAGUCCGAUUUCUAUUUAUCGACUGCCCUUCAAAGGCCAGACAUCACUUUCACACCCUUUCCGAACUUUGCGUCUCCAGAUACACUAGACUUACUAUCCGAACGCAACACGCAACGAUACCGCUUACAACGGCGUCUCAUCGGACCUCUCUACCAAACAGCAUACCUUAAACGGCACGAGCCAGCUCUCGACGCAGUACUAGCCCGCGUCAUCGCAACUCUACGCUCUCUCAACGGCGCCGAAGUCGACCUCAAGGAAUGGAUGCACAUCAUCGCAGUCGAGUCCCUAUCAGCUGCCGUCCUCACCUGGUCACCAAACUACCUCCGCGAUCACACAGACCACUCAUCAAGCACCCACGGCUACCUCGGCUGGCGCCGCAAGUCCGUCUUUGGGCUCUUCCCUUUCGCCGUGAAAGCGGAGCUGUUUUCCAAAGCAUUUGGGAGAACUUUUGCUAAUCUCUGGCGCGUGACGUACAAGACGCCCAAAAACUUUAAGCCCUUCUUCACUGGCGUCUACCGGCAGGUCUCGCGGAGGGUCACCUCGUCCCUAGCGAACAAGCCUGUCUCGAAGAAUGAUCGUAAAGAAGACUUCCUCGUGGAUCUGAUCCAGCUGCACAAGGACAAGCCCGAGUUCACGGAGCAGUAUCUCCGUCGAAUGGCAAUUACUAAUUUCGGGGCCGGGCAUGAGACUAUGUGUUCCGCGCUGACGUCCAUCAUGUCCAUGAUCGGAUCACACCCUGAAGUGCAACGGCGGAUAUCCGAGGAAGUUUGCUCCGCGACGGAGGAUCCAAAGGUUUAUGAUAACGCCAUUCGUCUGGAUUAUACGCAAGCAGCCAUCAAGGAGGCACAACGUUUGUAUCCUGUCCUCGGGAUGUCCCUGCCCCGCACGGUGCCCUCUGAAGGACUUGCAGUCCAUGGAGAGACCUUUCCGCCCGGGACUACUGUUGGCUGCAACCCUGUGUCAUUACAUAGAAACCCUCUGAUAUUUGGCCCCGACGCGGAAGAAUAUCAUCCGGACCGCUGGCUAGACACAGAGAGGGACCUCAAGGGUAUGGAACGGUUUAAUCUUACUUGGGGCGGGGGCGGAAGGAUGUGUCCCGGGCGACACCUUGCGGAGCUGGUCGUUUACAAGACGAUACCCGCGCUGCUGGAGCACUUCGAUGUGAAGGUUCAAAUACCUCCGGAAGAUGAGAUUCAGUAUUACUUCAUGGCGAUGCUUACUGGGGUAAAAGCCCGGUUCUUGCCCAAGAAGACAGGUCAAUGA